AUCUCCCCCUGUUUCGUUUCACAUUCCUCUGUCUUUAUUCCCUGUUUCCUCUCCUCUGGUUUUGCCCUACUACCAUUUUCCUCGACCACACAAAAACUGCUCUUUAUUCACAGAUUCCAAUGGGGAAUUGCUUGGAUUCUUCUGCAAGAGUAGAUAUCAGAGAUAGUCCUCACAACCCCUCAGUUUCCCGCAGAAGGGCACAUUCGUCAGGACUCUCCAGCCUCACCUUACCAUCUUACAGCGAGAAGAGCUCUUCUGUUUCAUCUCUUCCAACGCCGAGAAGCGAAGUGGAACUCUUACCGUCUCCUACGUUAAAAGCAUUUACCUUCAAUGAACUUAAGACCGCCACUAGAAACUUCAGGCCCAACAGUCUGAUCGGCGAAGGCGGGUUUGGUUACGUUUACAAAGGAUGGAUGGACGAGCGGACAUUAUCGCCUUCGAGACCCGGCUCUGGUAUGGUCGUGGCCGUCAAGAAACUUAAGUCAGGAGGACGUCAAGGCCAUAAGGAGUGGUUGACAGAGGUUCACUAUCUUGGACAACUUCACCAUCCGAAUCUUGUCAAACUGAUCGGAUACUGCUUGGAGGGGGAGAACAGGCUUUUGGUGUAUGAGUACAUGCCAAAGGGGAGCUUGGAGAAUCAUCUGUUUAGACGAGGUGCAGAGCCGAUUCCGUGGGCAACGAGGAUGAAAGUUGCCGUCAGUGCUGCAAGAGGACUCGCUUUCCUUCACGAUGCCAAAGUCAUAUACCGAGAUUUCAAGGCCUCCAAUAUUCUACUUGAUGCGGAUUUCAAUGCGAAGCUCUCAGAUUUUGGUCUGGCAAAGGCGGGACCGACAGGGGACAAAACCCAUGUCUCAACACAAGUGAUGGGAACUCAUGGGUACGCAGCACCAGAAUACGUUGCCACGGGCCGGUUAACGUCCAAGAGUGACGUUUACAGCUUCGGAGUGGUGCUUCUCGAACUUAUCUCGGGACGGCCAACAGUGGACAAAUCGAAAGUGGGAACGGAACAAAACCUCGUGGAUUGGGCGAUACCUUACUUAGGAGACAGAAGGAAAGUGUUUAGGAUAAUGGACACUAAGCUUGAAGGUCAGUACCCUCACAAAGGCGCUUGUGCAGCUGCAAACAUUGCGUUGCUGUGUCUGAACAAUGAAGCUAAGCUGAGGCCGAAGAUGUCUGAUGUCUUGUCUUCUCUCGAAGAACUCGACAGGACAGCAAAGACAAGUGAUAAGCACUCGGUUUUGGUUCCAAAUACGAUUCUGGUUUCGCCUCGACUACAAUCUCCUCGUGUCCGGUGAUGAAGCAUAUAGGAGAUCUCAGUUGACCGACCUUGUUUUGGUGUCUGUACAUAUAUAUAUAUAUAUAUAUAUAUAAUAUGUACGAGUAGUUUGUAUACUUUGGUUAGACAGAGCUUGGAGUUCAACAUUAUGUGUAAGUUUGUUCUCUUAUCCACAGAACCCUCUGAGUUUAAUA